AUGCGCGACGGUGGUAAGUGCAAAAGGCACGAAGAUGAAGUCGAAUCUUUCUUAUUCCGUCCACGAACAAAAGAAGAAAACGAAGCUCUUGCUAGAUACGGGUCCACACCUAUUGCGCUCGAUAUGACGAAGACUUCGGUUUUCGAAAAUUAUACAGAUGCCUUUGAAAUAUUGCGGCCAGAUGGAUCGUGGAUUGUAAAAGAAGAAAUGGAGGUUUAUCGAGCACUUCCAACAUGCGUCUACAAAAGCGAUCUUUGUCCGAACUUUUUCCACGACAAAAGAACGAAAGCAAUUAAAAAGAAAAUACUUAUCAGAGAAAUAACGCCCGGAAAGCGUCAAGGAAGAUAUAGAGUAAAGAAGCGAUACAUGAAAUCUUUGUUGUUCGACUUUACGAAGCACUAUCCGCUCACAAGCAACAUCGAGACAAAGGAACGAAGUGGUUUUCUGGAAGGCACUGUUUUCCGAAUACAAUGCAAAAAGUGGCAAGAGAAAAAACCGAUGAGCAUACGCUGCACAAGAAUCGGAGACGAUCCACAUUUACGAUUUGUCAAGUGCAAGAGCAAUAUAUUCAUCCAUCUUCAUGACCAACAGACAAUUAGCGAUCUACGAUUAAGCUUGCAGAAGUUCAAUCAGUUGGCGGAAGACUCUCCGAACUCGGCUGCGCAGCGGAUCUCUGAUUUCUCCAACGAAAAGAUCCAUCAAGUUAUCGAUUUCUUCAACGCUGACACAACAGAAGAGACCGUCGAAGACAAUGAUGAGUACGAAGCGCCAAUGGAACUUGUAGCAUCACCCAGUGAAACGGAAUUCUUAGAAACGCGUCAAUGCGAAUCUGAGAAGAAUGUUUUCUUUUGA